UUAUCUCUCUUUCUUCCUCAUUUCCUGGCUAAAAUACAACAGUCCCGCCUCCUGUGAUAGGAUUGGCUAACAGAGCACAACAGUCCCGCCUCCUGUGAUAGGAUUGGCUAACAGAGCACAACAGUCCCGCCUCCUGUGAUAGGAUUGGCUAACAGAGCACAACAGUCCCGCCUCCUGUGAUAGGAUUGGCUAAUAUUCACAAGCAGUCAGAUGAUUGGACAGUUCAGUAGCAGUAGCUUUAGCUCUGAACUGCACAUAGACUUGGAUUAAGUAAAGUUAGGACUAACUGAAGAUUUCAGCCACUGCGCGCGAGUUGUGUGUGUGUGAGCAUGCAGUGUGUGCUGCUGGGUCCAGGAGGCCGCAGGGUCCUACUGUCCGACGCUCGAGCCCUGAUCCUGGGCCGCGGUCCUGAGUCCGGAGUGAAGGAUAAGAAGUGCUCCAGACAGCAGGUUAAACUCGUGGCUGAUUACGCCAAGCAAGAGAUUCUUGUGACCCAGCUUGGUCCAAACCCGUCUUCUGUGGACGGACAGGCUUUGGGUCGCGGCCAGUCCGGACGGCUGAGUGUAAACAGCACGCUCUACCUCGUAAACCAGAGUUACCCCUUCACUGUGCAGUUUUCUGAUGGAGCAUCUUCAGCCUCUUCUUCUCACCAGAGGAAGGAGAAAGGAGCAGAUGAUAAGGAAAGCAAGCAGAAGGCCUCGGAUAGUAAGGAUAAGAAGGUUCAGUCCAAGAGGAACAUCCAGGAUUUCUUUGUUGCAUCACCUAAAAAGUCAACAAAGAGAGCCCUUGAUUCCGAAGACGACGCAUCUGAAGCUAAACGCGGACGCUCGGAGAAAUGUGAUGAGGAUGAAGGGGACCUGGUGGAGGAGAAGCUCAGACAGCUGCAGCAGUUGGCACAAGGCACAAUCACACAGCAAUCGCCAUCCAAACCCUCUGCCAGUGUGCCAUCUGCCUGCUUACACAGUCACUGGCAGCAGGUUGGCACUCUCAUGCUCUACACUGCAGCAGGGGUCACCGGAAGCUCCAAGAUAGCAGGGUUCGACAUCGAUGGCUGCAUUAUCACUACGAAGUCAGGGAAAGUCUUUCCCACCAGCCCAGAUGACUGGAAGAUCCUUUUCCCAGAGAUAAAGCCCAAACUGACCGCUCUGUUAAAGGAAGGGUUCAAGGUGGUGUUUUUCACCAAUCAGAUGGGAAUUGCUCGAGGCAAGCUCAGACCAGAAGUCUUCAAGUCUAAAGUUGAGGAUGUUCUUCAGACACUGAAUUUGCCUGUGCAGGUGUUUGUCGCAGCAGGUCCAGGUAUUUACAGAAAGCCAGUCACAGGAAUGUGGGAACACUUGUGUGAGAAGGCAAACGAUGGCGUACCUGUGGAUAAAUCGCAGUGUGUCUAUGUUGGAGAUGCAGCGGGCCGUCCUGUAAACUGGGCUCCAGGGAAGAAGAAGAAGGACUUCUCCUGUAGUGACAGGCUGUUUGCUCUAAACAUUGGCGUACAGUUUCACACUCCAGAGGAAUUCUUCCUGGGAUGGAAACCUGCUCCCUUCAGCAUGCCGUCACUUGAUCCGAGGGGAUUAGACCCAAAGGCACGUCUGUACGACCCACCUAAUGCCUCGCUCACUUCCACCAGCCAGGAGAUCAUUGUUGCUGUUGGUUUCCCUGGAUCUGGCAAAUCCACUUUUUUUCAAACCCACAUCAUUCCCAAGGGAUAUGUGUAUGUGAACAGGGACACACUGGGGUCAUGGCAGCACUGCGUGUCAGCAUGUGAACGUGCUCUGAAGGAAGGCCGAAGUGUAGCUGUGGACAACACUAAUCCUGACCUAGAGUCUCGAAAGCGGUAUGUGGAUGUCAGUAAGAGCGCUGGAGUUCCCUGCCGAUGCUUUAACUUCACUGCCUCUUUGGAGCAAGCCAAGCACAAUAACAGGUUCCGAGAGAUGGUUCCUUCAGCCACCAAGCAUGCUCCUGUCAAUGACAUGGUCUUCCACAGCUACAAGAAGAAAUUUGUGGCUCCUACUCUAUCAGAGGGCUUCUCUGAAAUCCUGCAGAUUCACUUUGUUCCCAGUUUUAGUGACAGUCGCUCUGAGGCGCUUUUCAGGCAGUUCUCAGAGGGCUGAACAGAGAAUCUGACCACGGGACGGACGCGGACAUGAGAAGUGGAAACAAGUUCUCGAGUUCUGCUGCAAGUUCUCUACUGAUGUGUGUCUGCCUCAUUCUCUCAUUUGUCUUUGUCUUUAUCUUUAAUUUGAUAAAUCUACAUCAUCACAGAUUCUCUGCUGACAAAAUAUUGAGUGCUAUGUUUCUUUUGGUAUUGCAAAAUAAAGAGACACAAUGACUUGGUUUAUAUUGGUUGAAGCAAAUUUUACAUCUUUUAUUAAAUAAGUAAUAGAAAAACAUUAAAAAGUGAAAUGUUAA